AUGAGUUGGAAAUGGGAGCUGGUUAAUUCGUUGUUUAAUGAGUGUGAUAAAGGUUUAAUUGCACAAAUUCCAAUGCUAAGUCGUAGGCAGGAGGAUGGUUGGCAGUGGGUACACAAAAGGAAAGGUUUAUAUUCAGUUAAAAGUGCCUAUCAGUUCCUUACUCGACAUUUACAUGGGCAUGAGCAAGUGUUUGUAGUAGAACUCUGGAGAAAACUCUGGAGUCUUAAAAUUCCACCUAAAGUUCGAAAUCUAGUUUUGCAUAUCUGUAAUCAUUGUAUUCCAACUAAACUGGAGUUGCAGCCUAGACAAAUAGAUAUUGAGCUGGUCUGCGCUUUGUGCCGAGCAGAGGCAGAGUCCCUGGAGCAUGUCUUUCUGUUUUGUCCUUUUGCUAGAGAUUUGUGGGCUAGUUGUAUUUCAACUCUAUUACCUGUUUUUGUGCAACUAACACUUCAUUGGCUUUGUCAGGUCUUCUCAACACUAUCAGUAGAGGACUGUCAGAUGUGUUGCAUGGCUCGGUUGGAGGGUUCUGCUCAAUGUGCUUCGCAUUUGUCUGUGGGUAAGUGGCAACGUCCUCUAAUAGGGAUGAUGAAGUGUAAUGUGGAUGCUGCGUUGUUGGCAGCUAUGCAUAGUACUAAUAUUGAAGCAAAUUAUUUUGGGAUGGUCGUAGAAGAGCAUCGUGGUUUGUUGGAAGAGCUAGAUGGUUGCUCAAUCGGAUUUGCUAAAAGAUUAGUGAAUACCGUUGCUCACUUGUUGGCUACAAUAGUCCAUUCUGAGUUUGGUCCGAAGGGGUGA